AUGUUCGCCUCCCCCGUCUACCCCAGUACCUGGAAGGGCGACGGCAAGAGCACCGCCGCCGCCCUGGUCAUGCAGAAGGCCUUCGAGGGCGUCAUCCUGACCGCCUCGUACCCCAAGAGCCAGAUCGACAUCUAUUUCCAGGUCCUCCAGAACGACGGCGGCGCGCUCGUCGCCGCUGUCAAUGCCGCCAGUUUGGCACUGGUUAAUGUCGGCGUCGCCAUGUCGGAUUUCGUCGUCGCUUGUGGUGUGGGCUUUGUGGACGACACCUUUGUCGUUGAUCCUAGCUCGUUGGAGAGCGCCUCGGAUCGCCCGGAGCUCACGCUCGCCGUCUUGAGUCACUCUGCUAAGAUUGCUUCGUGUCAGUUGGAUAGCAAGCUCCCGGAUGGCGAGUCGUUUGAACGCGCUUUGGAGUUUGCGACGUCGGGUGCCAACCAAAUUUUCAAGGUCCUCGAUGCGCAAGUAUAG